AUGUUGUCUGAGCCUGAGGAUGAGGAGCCAUCCACCUCCUCAACCACACAGGCCUCUUCACAAAUGUUGUCUGAGCCUGAGGAUGAGGAGCCAUCCACCUCCUCAACCACACAGGCCUCUUCACAAAUGUUGUCUGAGCCUGAGGAUGAGGAGCCAUCCACCUCCUCAACCACACAGGCCUCUUCUCAAAUCAUCUCGGAGCCUCAAGAUGAGGAGCCAUCCACCUCCUCAACCACACAGGCCUCUUCACAAAUCAUCUCGGAGCCUCAGGAUGAGGAGUCAUCCACCUCCUCAACCACACAGGCCUCUUCACAAAUGUUGUCUGAGCCUGAGGAUGAGGAGCCAUCCACCUCCUCAACCACACAGGCCUCUUCACAAAUGUUGUCUGAGCCUGAGGAUGAGGAGCCAUCCACCUCCUCAACCACACAGGCCUCUUCACAAAUGUUGUCUGAGGAUGAGGAUGAAGACCCAUUUGCUUCCGCUUCUCCACAGCAGGAUUCUUCAGGUCACUUUGGCAUCUUACAACAAACUCACAACGCCUCGCGGCACAACGCCUCGCGGCACAACACCUCACGGCACAACGCCUCGCGGCACAACGCCUCGCGGCACAACGCCUCGCGGCACAACGCCUCGCGGCACAACGCCUCGCGGCACAACGCCUCGCGGCACAUUGCCUCGCGGCACAUUGCCUCGCGCCUCGCACAUUGCCUCCUCGCGGCACAUUGCCUCACCUCGCGCACAACGCCUCGCGGCACAACGCCUCGCGGCACAACCUCGCGGCUGCCACAACGCCUCGCGGCACAACGCCUCGCGGCACAACGCCUCGCGGCUGACAGCGCCUCGCGGCACCUCGCGGCACAACGCCUCGCGGCACAACGCCUCGCGGCACCUCGCGCCUCGCAGCACAACGCCUCGCAGCACAACACCUCGCAGCACAACGCCUCGCGGCACAACGCCUCGCGGCACAACACCUCACGGAAGAGUCACAACAGCUAA